UCUCUUAUCUUCCGUCAGCCUCAUCACAAACUCGGGUAGAACCCUAUCAAAAACAUCCAAUCGCUAUACCUAGUCACAAUCAUGCCUUCCUUCUUGGAUACCUACAACCCUUCAAUUCUGGCCAUCCCGGCCAUGCACAUGCUCUCCGUUCUUCCACACAGCUAUGCCCUCUCUGUCGCGACCGGAGGCAAACUCGCCAAAUGGGACAACCGCAACCCUCGCUCCACCACUAUGAAGUCCAAACUCAAAGAACGACUCGACUCCCAGACGUAUGCGCUCUACGAGCGUCUUGAGGCUUGCCACGCAAAUGGAAUGGAGAAUCUCCCACUGUUCGCUGUUGCAGUUGUGCUCGGCAACCUAGCUGGAUUGAAGAAGGAUGGUCUCGGUGGUAUGACUGGUUUCGCCGCUUCGUUCCUUGCCAUCCGUCUUGCGUAUACCGCAGUCUACAUCAACAACAAGACGCAAGGCCUAACGCUCGUCCGAAGUGGUUUGUGGGCGGCUGGUGUGGGAUUGUGUUGGCGAAUUAUCAUCAAGUCUGCGAAGGCAUUGGGUAGCAGUAAGAAGAUGUGGUUCUAGUUACCGCAAUUGUUGUACCGAGGAUUGUGCACCAUUGCAUGCCUUUGGUAGCCGAUUGAUUUUGUUGUAGACGAUAUUCUGCACAGCACAUGCAUUCUCGCCACAUGUCAUGCUUAGCAUUACUUCUCUCCAAUUUUGAGUCGUUCGUGGGCUCUUUUGACAAUAUCAAGUCUAUGACAAAUUAAGAGGCGUCCCUGGCUCGUUUCCAUUCGGCGAGGUUGAUGGGGCUAUAUGAUGACAGCGUUGCAACAAACAAUGGUAAAUCCCGAGAUUUUUCGGAUUUGUACUUACGGAAACAAUCAUAGAAGGUGCUCUCGCUGCUCACCUGUCAAAUUAAUGAAUCCCUCCGUAUUACAUGGUGCGAGUAUGCAUGCACCGCCAAGAAUGACUGGGCAGUGCUAGAUGUGAUGAAUGUUAUGGAUAUAGGAGAUGCCUUUCGAUACUGCAGAUGGCC